GCGGCGGCUCGUGAGUCCCGGUCCCUCCCAGCGCGGCCUCCCCGCCCCGCCCGGCCCGGCCCGGCCCGGCGGCCCCGGCAGGAGAACCCAGCUGCCAAGGCUGUCGUGUUAUGACGACCCCCAACAAAGGAAACAAGGCCUUGAAGGUGAAGAGGGAGCCGGGCGAGAAUGGGACCAGCCUGACAGACGAGGAGCUGGUGACCAUGUCCGUGCGCGAGCUGAACCAGCACCUGCGGGGCCUGUCCAAGGAGGAGAUCAUCCAGCUGAAGCAGCGCCGGCGCACGCUCAAGAACCGCGGCUACGCGGCCAGCUGCAGAGUGAAGCGCGUCACCCAGAAGGAGGAACUGGAGAAGCAGAAGGCAGAGCUGCAGCAAGAAGUGGAGAAGCUGGCCUCAGAGAACGCCAGCAUGAAAAUGGAACUUGAUGCUCUCCGCUCCAAAUACGAGGCCCUGCAGAACUUCGCCAGAACCGUGGCCCGGAGCCCCGUGACCCCUGCACGGGGGCCUCUCGCCUCCAGUAUGGGGCCCCUCGUCCCUGGCAAGGUGGCUACCACCAGUGUCAUCACAAUAGUGAAAUCCAAAACGGACGCCCGGUCUUAGUGAAGCGAGCGUUGCCUGAGCUUGUCUGUGCAGGGCAGUUAGGCACAAAACCAGCCUGGAAUCCCCAAAGCACAAGCCCUCCCCACAUGGGUCCGGGUUCCUUUGACUUGGCCCAGGACUGGCCUGCUGAUCGCUCCAGUUUAUUUUGUUGUGUCCAGAUUGGUAUGAGCAGUGGUGAUGCAUCCCUUGUCCUGUGCAGACAGAGCUUCCCACCCAGCGGUCUGUAGCCCUCGGGUGCCCUGGGGACAGGCUGUGAGAUUUUGGUUUUCUACCCAAAGAAAAUCUGUGCAGCAUGCCUGAGAGAAGGGUGGAGGAGUGGCCCAAGGAAAGCUUUCUUCCUGGGGGCUGGGAACCCUUAUUUUCGGUUACUUCCAAAGGCUUUAUUCCAUGACUCUUCCAGGUGGUGCAUCUCAGUGCCUGAACCUGCUGCUUUUGUCUCCUUUGGUACCUGUAGUUACAGUUGGAGUGUUCUGUGUCCUAGGUUUUAUUCCUUUCUAGGUGUGCCUCUGUGCCCUAGC